ACAAGAAGAGUUUGCAACUUCCGUUAUGACGAAGGACUUUUACAAGAUUCUAGGGAUCGGUCGCGGGGCAAGCGACGAUGAGGUAAAAAAGGCAUACCGGAAACUGGCCCUUCGCUAUCAUCCGGACAAGAACCGGCACAGCCAUGCCGAGGAACGCUUCAAGGAGGUGGCUGAGGCGUAUGAGGUUCUCUCCGACAAGAAGAAACGUGACCUGUACGACAAGUAUGGAGAAGAGGGUCUCCGGCACGGAUGCUCGGACCAUCACAGCCAUCACAGCGGAGGACAGAGCAGCGGCAGCAGUGGUCUGGGAAGCGGACAGGGAAGCUACAGCUAUCAGUUCCAUGGAGAUCCGCGCGCCACCUUUGCCCAGUUUUUCGGUUCCAUGGAUCCGUUCACCAUGUUCUUCGACGAGAUGGAGCACGUCUUCAUGAGCGACGACGAUUUUCCGCUGGGACGCUGCGGACGCAUGCAACAGGAUCCCCCCAUUGAGCACGAGCUGCCCGUUUGUCUGGAGGACAUUGCCAACGGGUGUACGAAGCGCAUGAAGAUAUCCCGGCUCUCGAUUUCGUCCAGCGGCGUGGCUCGGAAGGAGAACAAGGUGCUGAACUUUGAGGUACGACCCGGCUGGAAGUCAGGCACCAAGGUCAUCUUCCGCAAAGAGGGUGACCAGUUGCCGAACCGUAUACCCGCCGACAUCGUCUUCAUCAUUCGGGACAAGCCACAUCCGAUCUUCCGGCGCGAGGGCAGCGAUCUACAUUACACCGCCCAGAUCUCUCUCAAGCAGGCCCUGUGCGGCGUCGAACUGCAGGUGCCGACUCUCCAGGGCGAGCCACUGAGCUUCAACACGCAGGGCGAGAUCAUAAAGCCGAACUCGUCGCACCGCUUCCAGGGUAGGGGCCUACCGUGCCCGAAGGAACCAUCACGCCGCGGUGCCAUCGUCCUCAGCUUCUCUAUCAAGUUCCCGGAGAGCCUCUCCAAGGCAGUCAUCGCCUCCCUGGCCAGCAUGCUGCCAAACUAAGCCGACAACACGCACACACACCAAUGGCACUUAAAAUAUAGUCGAAUCUUAUGGGGAA